CUAUCUCUCUUUAUCUCUCUCUCUCACACACACACACACAUCUCCUCUCUUAUCUCUCUCUCCAUUCGAUCUCGGUUGUGUUGCUAGCUGUUUUUGACGAAUUUCAAGUUGGAGCAAGUGAAGUAUUAAGGGUUUUUUAUGUCCGAGCAGGCUAUUUUCUACCUAGGGUAUAUUGGGUUGCUGGGAGAGUAUUGUCCUAUAUUUAAGGAGGAAACUCCUAUCUUUUCGAAAACUGUCGGCUGUAUGCGUCGAGCGCCAUUUCAGGAACAUAUUGAUUUUUCUGGUUGCAGCUUACCGCAACCUACAUUUACCAUUUCUGAUCGUUCUUUGUGUGCCAUAAAAUCUUUUACAGACAGUCGCAUUUUCACCUCUGUUAUCUCAUUCUGAUAUUUAUAGUCCACACUUUCCAAACUAAGCAUGGCGUUACAGAACAUUGGUGCCAGCAACAGCGACGAUGCCUUCUACAGGUACAAGAUGCCAAAGAUGAUUACAAAGAUCGAGGGUCGUGGAAAUGGCAUUAAAACCAAUAUAGUUAACAUGGUUGAUGUUGCCAAAGCUUUGGCGAGGCCAGCUUCUUACACUACCAAGUAUUUUGGCUGUGAGCUUGGAGCCCAAUCCAAAUUUGAUGAAAAAACUGGGGUAUCACUCGUCAAUGGCUCUCAUGAUACUGCAAAACUGGCUGGUCUUCUUGAGAAUUUUAUUAAGAAAUAUGUUCAGUGUUACGGUUGUGGCAACCCAGAGACUGAGAUAUUAAUAACGAAGACUCAGAUGGUCCAGCUGAAAUGUGCUGCUUGUGGUUUUGUUUCUGAUGUGGAUAUGAGAGACAAGCUGACAUCAUUUAUUUUGAAGAAUCCACCUGAGCAGAAGAAAAACUCCAAAGACAAAAAGGCUAUGCGGAGGGCCGAAAAGGAACGUCUAAAGGAAGGCGAGGCAGCUGAUAAGGUAAUGAAGAAGUUGACGAAAGAUGUGAAGAAGACUAAAGAUGGGCAUGCAAAAACUACUUCAAAAAAGAAAGGUAACGGGUCUGAUGAGGAUCAUGUUUCCCCAACUGUUAGCCAGGCUGGUGACAAAGACGAUUCUGAGGAAGAUGAUGACGUCCAGUGGCAGACCGACACAUCUGCAGAAGCAGCUCGUCUGCGUAUUCAGGAACAGCUUAGUACCGUUACUGCUGACAUGGUCAUGCUCACAACAGUUGAGGAGCCUGUGAAGAAGGUUGCCAAGCCUAUUCAUGAGGAGAAUUCCAAACCUGCUAAUGGCAAUGCGAGUCCCAAGAAGCUUGUUGACAUUGCUAAAGAAAAUUUGAAAAAAAAUGUUGGCCCAAAGGAAAUUUUGGAGACACUAUCCGGUUCACACCAGGAAAAUGCAAGUGCUCUUUAUGAGGCUUUACUUGAUGGGGUGGAGAAAGGGUUUGCAAAGCAUCUUCUUAAGAAAAAAAGCUAUUUAGCUGCUAUUGUGGUUGAAGGGGAGGAUUCACAGCUCGUUCUGUUACGUGCUAUUGAGGAGUUCUGUGGCAAGUCAAACCCAAGUGCAGUGAAGGAAGUGCCCCUUAUUUUGAAAGCACUGUAUGAUGCUGACAUUCUGGAAGAAGAAUAUGUCGUGAAGUGGUAUGAGGAGGGACUCAACGGUGAGAAUAAGAGAUCCUCUAUCUGGAAGAAUGCAAAGCCUUUUGUGGAAUGGCUUCAGAGUGCUGAAUCUGAAAGUGAAGAAGAAUAAGAGUCUAUGCUGCUCUGCUUGCUCUGUGUUUUAACUACUUAUAUUUGCUAUUGUUCUGUUUCAACUGCUACCUGUUUGUCGUGUUUGUUAUGUUUGUACGCGUUUGAGACACCACGUUUUUUGUUGGCACCUAGUAUUUGAUAAUAAAUUAUGUUUGUGUAUUAA